CAGCCCAAGGGUCAGGCCAGCCUUGGAGAAGGUGAGGUCCGGAGUCGGGGCCCAGCCUCGUGCUCUGGCCACAGACAUGCCGGGGAAAGAGUCCGAUGAGGAUCAGGUGGAGGCAGGGUCGCCCGAGAACGGAGCUGAGGCCCCGGAGGACCUGGGGGGCCUCACGGUGGAGGAGCUGCGGCAGGGCCAGGAGGCGGCGCUGGCCCUGGAGGACAUGAUGACCCUGAGCGCCCAGACCCUGGUCCGAGCCGAGGUGGACGAGCUGUACCAGCUAGUGCGCCCCCUGGGCCAGGGCCGCUUCGGCCAGGUCCUGCUGGUCACCCACCGGCAGAAAGGCACGCCCCUGGCCCUGAAGCAGCUGCCCAAGGCCUCCACGUCGCUGCGGGGCUUCCUGUACGAGUUCUGCGUGGGCCUGUCGCUGGGCGCGCACCCGGGCGUGGUGGCCGCCUACGGCAUCGGCAUCGAGUCCGCCGCCUCCUACAGCUUCCUGAUGGAGCCGGUGCUGCACGGGGACCUCAUCCGCCUCAUCCAGCCCAAGGUGGGGCUCCCGCAGCCCGCGGCCCAGCGCUGCGCGGCGCAGCUGGCCUCGGCCCUGGAGCACAUCCACGCGCGCGGCCUCGUGUACCGGGACGUGAAGCCCGAGAACGUGCUGGUGCGCGACCCCGGCUGCCGGCGGGUGCAGCUCGCCGACUUCGGCCACACGCGGCCCCGGGGCACGCUGCUGCGCCUGCGCGGGCCGCCGCUGCCCUACACGGCGCCCGAGCUGUGCGCGCCGCCGCCGCUGCCCGACGGGCUGCCGCUGCAGCCGGCGCUGGACGCCUGGGCGCUGGGCGUGCUGCUCUUCUGCCUGCUCACCGGCUACUUCCCCUGGGACCAGCCGCGCGCCGACGCCGACCCCUUCUUCGAGGACUUCCUGGCCUGGCAGGCCUCGCGCCAGCCCGCCGACCGCCCGCAGCCCUGGGCCGGCCUGGCGCCCGCGGCCGACGCCCUGCUGUGGGGGCUGCUGGACCCCCAGCCCCGGAGGAGGAGCCCGGUGAGCUCCGUCCACGCCUACCUGGGCCGGCCCUGGAGGCAGCGGGCGGGGGAGGCCGAGGCCCUGGGGGACGGGGAGGAGGGGGGCGGGGAGGAGGGGGACGGAGAGUGAGGGGCAGCCUGCCCCCCUUGCCCCGGAGACUCAGGGGAACCGGGUCCCCCAUCCCUUGUCCUGCGGGGUCUCCGGCUCCCUGUGUGCGCGCGCACCUGCCUCCACCUACCCCAGGGCCUUUGCACUUGCUGCCUCCUCUGCCUGCGGUGCUCGCGGCUCCUCCCCUCACCGCCUGGUUACCCUGCUGGGGCCCGAGCUCCUGGAGCCGGUCCGGCCUGUCCUGUGCUCCGUGUGUCCCACGCAGCCGCAGCAGGGGGGCAGAGGCCUGUGGAAUGAGGGGGCCCCUGUGGCUUUGCCCCGCCUCCCCUCCUCCCUCUGCUGGGGGUGCCCUCUUGGUGAGGUGCCUUCUCCUCGCACCCCAGCCCCUCCCUGCAAAUAAAGUCCACCUGA